AUGGAAUACAUUGGCGGAGGUUAUCCUGAUUUGCCGAGUCGAUCACUGUAUGACGACAGCGAUGACGAAUCCUCAGACACAGUCGACAGCAACUAUGUCCCGACCGUGUGGAGGUUAUCCCAACGCUCGCGGUCAACCGAUGGGAAGUUAAAGUGCAAGACGCUGAUCAUCAGUGUUAGCGCUGACACGGGCGGCGCCCUUGAACAACUGUUGCAUCUACACAGGACCAAACCCAUGGCCACCCUCAUCACUCCCACGGCUGUACAGUUACCAAUCAACCAACAGUCUACCAGCGGUGCACGCACAUGCUUCUGCUACGACCUGUCUACAGCCACGACGCAGCCCCACGAUGUUGUGCUGAUGAACUGCAAGACGAGAAUACCCGCCGAGAGUGCGUUUGACUUUGUGCACACACUGUUCGAGCACAUCACGCCCAGCUCGAGAGUGGUGGUACUGACGAACAGACCUCACCUGGAAUAUGUCACAAAGCUCACGGAAGAGAAGCACGAGAUAGUCUUUCCUAUAGUACGGGCCGUGGGCACGAGUCGUGCGUAUGCCGAGGAUACGUUAGUAAACAUACAACAGAGCCUGGCCGCUCCCAACAUAGUGGACGGUGUCGCUGCAGCGGUGAUGAGUCAUUGUGAGGUGCACAAGAUCACAGCGACCGUGCACGUGUCUUUCCACGAGACGGCGGGUGUGGGCGACGAAUACUACGAAACGGCUAUGCUGCACCUGCCAAUUUUGAACGAGUGUGGCGUAGAUGUUGAUAGUGAAUCGUCCACCUCAGACGCACCGCAUGUGGGCCUUCCGGCGUCGACUGUGUAUGUAUAA